GUAGUUUUUCACACUGUCGUGAGUUUUCCUUACGUUUGCCGCCUCACACUCAUUUCUAAUUGUGAUUCGUAGGAAGUAAGUUCUCUAGUGCAAAAUAUUCAAAUAAAAUAGUAUAAUUCCAUCAAAAUAAAUCGGAACACAACAAUAAAUACAAGCAAACACCACCAAAUAUCCGAAAAAAAAAUUCCUUUAAAAAAAAACGAAAAAAAAAAGUAUCUACUACUCGUCGCCAUCGUUUUUGGUCUUCUUGUGUUCAUCCGUUUCAAAAAAAAAAAGAAAUAAAAAUAAAAAACGCAUCGAGAUUGAAUAAUAUUUAGUAUCUGGCAUCACGCAACUGCAAUUAUAACUGUGAAUUUCAACGCGAGCGACAACGUACGCCACAAGGAUAACGUAACGCAGCAUAACGUAAGGACUAAUCCAAGAGGACUAUAUAACGAUUUCAAAACGAUUUCAAUCCCAAGGAAUACAGCCAACUGUAUACAUGCGUGCUAAAACCGUAAAGUCAGUGAAUGCAACUUCGAUAGCUAUAUCAGCAGCCGCCUAAUACCGCCAUCCAAUCCGAUCUAAUCCGAUCCGAUUCUCGACCUCGACCCUUUAAGAAAUCUAAGAAGAAUCCCCAGAAAACUUAUCUCGAUAAGUGCGAAGCCGAAGACGAACCGGCAUCGAGUGAUAAAAUAGAAUUUGGCCAGCGCGCACCCCACUACCCAGUAACAGCCUCAAGAUUCUUCCCUUCGGAGCCGCCAACUUUCGUCUGGAGACGACACCACCAGAGAUGCACAAGAUAGCAGCCGCACCGCCGCCGGCCGCAGCGCCAGCCGGAGCGCUCGAGGCACCACUGGCGGGUCCCAAAUACGGCACACUCAUCCCCAAUCGUAUCUUUGUGGGAGGAAUCAGUGGCGAUACCACCGAGGCCGACUUGACCCGCGUCUUCAGCGCCUACGGCACCGUGAAGAGCACAAAGAUCAUCGUGGACCGCGCUGGGGUCAGCAAGGGCUAUGGGUUCGUCACAUUCGAGACGGAGCAGGAGGCACAAAGACUGCAAGCGGAUGGAGAGUGUGUGGUACUGCGCGAUCGCAAACUGAACAUUGCACCGGCCAUUAAAAAGCAGCCCAAUCCUCUGCAGUCGAUUGUGGCCACAAACGGAGCUGUUUAUUAUACCACCACGCCGCCGGCACCCAUCAGCAACAUCCCCAUGGAUCAGUUCGCAGCCGCUGUAUAUCCGCCAGUUACUGACUUUACAGCCGCUGGAGUGCCAGCCAUCUACCCACCUUCAGCCAUGCAAUAUCAGCCAUUCUAUCAGUACUACAGUGUGCCAAUGAAUGUACCCACCAUUUGGCCUCAGAAUUAUCAAGGAAUUUAUCCAUGUUAACUUUGAGGAUGCAACAGCAACAGCAACAAUAUAUAGUGAUGCUACAACUACUACUACUACAACAACAGCAACAAACAGCCACAACAACAACAACAACAAGUAAACUACAACAAAAACAGUAUAGAAUUUAUAUAAACACACACACCAACACCAGAAGCACAAGCUUACAGACAAAAGUACACAUCCCAGCUGCAAUUUCGGAAAUGUUUAGUCAAAGGAGGUAAAUCUUAUAGGAAGGACACUCUCACACUCUCACACACACACAUGCAGGCACUCACACUCACACACAUGUGCAGUGACAAGGAAACCAUUGCAAAAUGCUGUAAAGUAAGCUGCUUAUGUUAUUAAAAGGUAGCACUGCUGUGUGGGAGUGUGGGUGUGUGUGUGUGGCAGUAGGGGAGUAGGGGGAAUGGUGGGGGGAGGCUGGAAACAUUUAUGAUGUGCAAUUAGCGGAGAGGAUCGAGUGGGGGGAGGAGGGUGGUCCGGUCCACAAGGACCAUAAGGACAGUUUUGACAAACUGCAGUGAGUGUGGAAAGUCAGCAAGCGAAAGACAGAGAAUAAAUCGCAUAAGAGAACACUUGAAAGAAUAUUAAAACUAUAUUAUAUACAAAUACAUAACUGGAUUAAACAGAGAGGAGGCAGCUGCAAACACACACACACACACACACACUGAACAAGCAUACUUAUAUAUAAAUAUUACAUACUAUAGAGAAUAACUGAGUAAAUUGCAUACACACACAUACUAUAAUGGUAGCUAAGAUUGAAGAUGGGCAGCGGGUUAGCGGGGCAGCGAUCGAAGAUUAAAGACAUAAUAUUAUGCAUAAAUUAAUUUAUAUACAUAUAUACAGUACAUAUAAAGCGUAAAAUUACUAUAACUCGUAACUGUAAACUGGUAUACUGUUAUACACAGCCACAUACAGCGAUACAAAGCAAAAAGAUGAGGAUAUAAGCAAAAAAGGAGACGACAAAGUCAAACUACACGCACACUACUACACUACACAACACACUAAACACACGCACACUAGCGAUUUCUGGUCAGAGAGUCAAGGAUAAAACAUAUGUCCUUAACUCUCCGAUCGGAAGGCGGUAGAAAACACUAGAAAACUAACUUGUAAGCCAAGCAAAAGAAAACUGAACUAAAUUUUAGUCUAAAAUGCAAGAAUACUAAAGGAAAAAACGUAAAAUUGAUAAACCCUAGUUACUUAAGUCAAGCAAAAAGUGAACUAAAAUUAAACAAAAACAAAAAAAAAAUCAACUACAAUAAAGAUAUUCAAAAUAUGCUAGCUAAACAAACAAAAAAAAUGCAAAACACACAACAACUCCCAAUUAAAAUGUAAAGGGGAGGCAUAUAUUAGAGAGACUAUUAAAGGAAAGCUAAACUCAAAGCUCUAGCGAAUGGAAAAUAGAUAAAACUCAAGCAAUACAUAGACACUCAUAGGUGUGUGUUACACAACAAUAUAUAGUUAAAAUAAAAUAACAAUUUAAUAAACUAAUGUACAACCAAAAAGAAAAUGAGAAAAAAAAAAUACUUCAAAAGAUAAAAAUUAGGAAAAUCGUACUCUGCAAAAAUGUUGAUUUAUUAUUUCUGUUUUUCAACAAAACACACACACACACCCAUUGUAAUUCAAAAACUUUUGUUGUAUCUAUAUUGUUAUGAUGAUGAUGGCAUCAAACUAAUCAAAAACACGAGAACGAGAACGAAAGCGAGAUGUGUUAACCAAAAUUAUUUAAUGAAAUACAAAUGCCGAGAUAUACAUUUGCGGGGGCAGACCACGACCGGCCGGCGACCAUCGAUCGAAUUCCAUUCAAAAUUGGUGCAUCAUUUGGCUGAAUAUGAAGAAUACCUUAGCGGAAAAUUCAAAAUAAAAAUAUUUAUAUAUACGUAUAUGCCUUAUUGAAUGAAACUAAAUUAUUUGCCCACAAAUACUGUUAUCGUAUUGUAAUUGAAAAUAAUAAACCAACCCAGAGGUUUCAAAAAUACCUGCUAAAAAGACGAACAAAAAAAAAACUGAACCGAUAACCGAUAUCGUCGAGGUCGCCAGCCCAAAAACCAAAAAUAGUCGACAUGCUGCCGCCGCAAAUGGCAUUUCGAAGCGAAACUUGUUGACAAAUUUUUACUAAAUUGUUAAAUAGUUAAAUACAAAACCUUUUUAAAUCGAAUUGUAACAAUAAUUAGAAAUCAGUCUUUGUUGAAACGAACAAAAACAAAAUAUAAAUGGAAUGGAAAGCAAUAAUUCAAUAAGGCGUGCUCUAGUUAAAAACUAAUACUGAAGUCAAGUCGAUGAAGCAACAUAGAAACCACCAACCGAGAGUACUUACAUUUAUGUCAGUCAAUAGGGAUUUCA